GUAGCGUAUAGCAGACUAAUAAUAGUCGGAACAAUGCAGUCCCUUUUACUAUUGUUCUGCCUCUCAUCACUUUACAUCUGCCUACAAUGUGUCAACUCACAACCAUCAAGUCCAGAACUUCAGAAAAUACUUAAAAUGCACAAUGAUUACCGGCAUAGAGUGAUGAAUUGUGAAUUGCACAAUCAACCACCGGCUAAAUAUCUUCCAGAUCUUCAAUGGGAUAAUGAUCUUGCCUACUAUGCACAACUAUUAGCCGACCGAUGUGUAUUCGAACAUGACGAGGUUAAAUUGCCUCAAUAUGAACGUGUUGGACAAAAUAUAGCCAUUUAUUGGACUAUAGAAAAAGGUGUAGACGCAUGGUUCGAUGAGUAUAAGCAUUACGAUUAUUAUACAGGGUACUGUGGUUAUGUGUGUGGACAUUAUACACAGAUGGUCUGGCAGAAAACUACACACGUUGGAUGUGGUCUGAGAAAUUGUACACAAUAUUUAGGUUAUCUGGGAUUAUCUAUCAUUUGUAAUUACGGUGAAGGUGGUAAUUGGGGAAACGACAAGCCUUACGAAACAAAACCACGAAGUGAAUGUGGUAAAACACCGGCUCCAGUUCGAACAACACCAAAGCCAACUGUCACCACCACCACCACCACCAAGAAACCAACAGUGACACCAAGUCGAAAGCCAUCUGCUCCAAAGAAGACACCGAAACCCGAUUGGGCAACAAUUAUAUCCACCUGGAGUAAAUAUGCUACUACUCAGCGUCUCCAAGGAGCUGUCACACAAACUUGUGUUUGUGUUAACUAAAAACAAGCAUUCAUUGGAUAAUGUG